UCCGCCAUAUUGGUUGUGGCACGUUGAUUUUUAGAAAGGCAUGGCACACUUCAACCCCCCUCAAAUACAGGACAAUCCCAAUGGAUGGGGUCCUUGUGCAAUUCCAGAUCAAUUUAAAGAUCUUCCGUAUCAACCUUUUUCUAAAGGAGAUCGUCUAGGAAAGGUGUCUGAUUGGACUGGAGCUACAUACCAAGACAAGAGACAUCUAGGGAAAUACUCCUCUGCAUUUGGUGGUGGUGCCAGCCAGUAUGCUUAUUAUCAUGACGAAGAUGAGAACAGCUUCCAAUUGGUGGACACCUCAAAGAUCCAGAAGCCCCAGUACCAGAGAGGCCGCAGAGUGUUCCAACAGAACAAACAGAGAAGAGAACGAGAGAGGAGACAACAGCAAAACCAGGCCAACAUGCAGGUGCUCUCCAAGACACAGAAAAGUAGAGAGAGAGAUAGGCAGAGGCAGCUGAGGAAGUGGCAAAAACAAUUUGGAAAACAAAUGCAGGAAAACAGAAACAAGGCUCCGUUAAAACACAGAGAUGCCUCAGUUCAGGUCAAGGACAACUGGGAAGUGGUUGAGGAGAUGGAUUUCCCACGACUGACCAAGCUCAGUCUGCCGACCGUAGAUGAUGCCGUAGAUCUGUUGAAGUGUGGCAGUAUGGAGUAUUAUGACAAGCAGUAUGAUAGAGUGUCAACAAAGAAUGAGAAACGAAUGAAGAGGAUUGACAGAGUGUUCCACAAAGUGACCACCACUGAUGACCCCAUCAUCAGACAGCUUGCUAAAUCCAGUGGCAAUGUGUUUGCCACAGAUGCGAUCCUUGCUACCCUGAUGUGCUGCACAAGAUCUGUGUACUCCUGGGAUAUCAUUGUACAGAGGGUAGGGAACAAGCUGUUCUUUGACAAGAGAGAUGAUUCUGAGUUUGACCUGCUGUCCGUGAGUGAGACGGCCACCGAACCACCGCAAGAUGAAGGGAACAGCAUUAAUUCCCCUCGUAACCUUGCCCUGGAAGCUACCUUCAUCAAUCACAACUUUUCUCAGCAAGUUCUCCGAAUGGGAGAUGAAAAGUACAGCUUUGAGAAAACCAAUCCUUUUGUUCAGAAAGACGAAGCAUCCAAUAUAGCAUCUGUAGGAUAUAGGUAUCGUAAAUUUCAACUAGGAAAUGACAUUGAGUUAAUAUGUCGCUGUGAACAUGAUGCAGUAUUGAUGGGUCCCAAUGGAGAACUCCAGUUCAUUAACAUCAAAACGCUUAAUGAGUGGGACUCAAGAUAUAGUGGAGGUGUGGACUGGAGAAGUCGCCUUGACAACCAGAGAGGGGCUGUGUUGGCUACGGAGCUGAAAAACAACAGCUGUAAGCUCGCCAAGUGGACAGUCUGCUCACUACUGGCUGGAUCAGAUCAGAUUAAAUUUGGCUAUGUUUCGAGAGUACAUCACAGAGACACCAGUAAACAUGUGAUUCUGGGAACUCAGCAGUUUAAGCCUACAGAGUUUGCAAAUCAGAUAAAUCUUAACAUGGAGAAUGCCUGGGGAGUACUGAGGUGUAUUAUAGAUACCUGUAUGAAACUGAAAGAAGGAAAAUAUCUCAUCAUGAAGGACCCUAACAAGCUGGGAGUAAAUAUGAAUCAGUAUCCAGCUGGACUAGUUCCCAUGAUGGUUCCUCAGCCAUACAUGAUGGCUGUGCGAUUACCACAAGGAGUGCAGCCCCAACGAGCCCAGACUGCUCUUGGACAGACAGCAUUAAGCCAAGCUGCAUUAGGAACAGCAGCAUUAGGCCAGGCUGGUAUCAUGAGUCAAGCAGCUUUAGGACAGACAGCCUUAAACCAAACAGCUCUGAGUCAAAGUGCUAUGGGACAAACAGCAGUCAGUCCAGCUCUCAUGGCACAGGCUGCAAUGGGACAAACAGCCCUGGGUCAGACAGCCUUAGGACAGACAGCAUUAGGACAAAAUGCACUUGGCCAUAUUCCUCUAAGUCAAGCAGCAUUGGGUCAGGCAGCUCUGGGGCAAAGUAUGUAUGGACAAACAGCUUUAGGUGGGGCAACAGCUCUAGGCCAUUCAGCAUUCCUUCCUGGUUUACCCAUAGCAGCAGCUGCAGCUCAGAGGUUUGCCGCUGCUCCGUCUCCUGGUGGUUUGCAGGCAUUGUCCUUGACCUCAGCAGCUCAAGGUCUUACUCCCCAGCAUCAGAUGUUACAGUUGGACCCCAAUGCUGCACUCAAGCUUGCUUAUGCAGAUGGUGGACGAGCAGCAAGUCUAGCCAGUAUGUAUGGGAUGGGAGAAGUGGUUCAACAAGCAGAGCCAGAAAAUUCUGAGAAGUCUAUUGUGAUGUUAGAUGACUACAAUAGUGACCUCCACCUUGUAUUGGAUGAUGAUGGGUAUGGUGCUCGUCCCUUAAAUGAUCCAGCGGCAUUCUGUUUUUGUUGGGCUGGUGUCAAGGCCACUCAUGGAGUGUACCGGGGCAAGGCCUAUUAUGAGAUACAAGUCACAGAACACCAGCAGACAGAUUUUGGUUCUGACCACCAGGAGAAAGAUCCACACAUUAUCAGGGUGGGCUGGUCCCUGGAGGAGUGCUCUCUACAGCUAGGAGAGGAGCCAUAUUCUUAUGGAUAUGGAGGGACAGGAAAGUUUUCACAGAACAAUAAGUUUACUAGUUAUGGGGAGAAGUUUGGACAGGGAGAUGUGAUUGGUGCAUUACUAGAUAUGGACAGUCAACCACCCACAAUCUCGUACAUGAAAAAUGGCCAAUGGCUAGGAGUAGCUCACACACUGCAUGGCUUUACUCCAGGCAUCAAAGAGAAGGCACUUUUUCCACAUAUACUGACAAAGAACUCAAGGUUUCGCAUGAACCUUGGACAAGAAGGGACUUGGUAUCCACCCCCUCAGGGCUACAACUAUGUGCAGCAGGUUCCAGAAAAAGUGAAAAGUAUGGAUUCUCCAGAGAAAAAGAAUGAAUGUGAGAUGAUUAUGAUAAUUGGUUUACCUGGUGCUGGAAAGACAACUCUGGCAGAAAACAUGAAAAAGAGUUAUCCUGAGAAACGGUAUAACAUCAUAGGCACAGAUACCCUCAUAGACAAAAUGAAAGUCAUGGGGCUUCCCAGAAAAAACAAUUACAAUGGUCGAUGGGAAGUUCUUAUAGAUAAAGCCACAAAAGCUCUCAACAAACUCUUUGAAAUAGCAAAGAGUAAGAACAGAAACUACAUAUUGGAUCAAACUAAUGUAUACCCAUCAGCAAGGAAAAGGAAGAUGAAAAACUUUAAUGGCUUUUUCCGGAGAGCAAUGAUAUUGCAGCCAGAUGAUGCUGAAUUGAUGAGGAGAUCUGAGAAACGUACAACAGAAGAUGGAAAAUUUGUACCAGAGUCUGCAGUACUAGAGAUGAAGGCAAACUUUAAGUUACCUGAUGAUAAUGAUCCCCUGUUUGACAGCAUUGAGUAUGUGGAACUGCAAAAGAGGGAUGUUCAGGAGCUAGUAGACAGGUACAAUAAUGAGGGAGCUUCUAGAGGGGUGCCAGGUAGAUUUGGACAGAAGCCUUUCCAGCCACCAGCUGACAUGCGCCAGGGUGGCUCGUUUUCAAACCAAGCAAGUAAUGCCCCUCCAUUACCCCAAAAUCAGUUUGGAGAUCGAUUUCAACAAAGCAACUACAGCCAAGAUUAUGGCCAACAAAGCAGAACCAGAGAUUACGAGAGACAAGGCAAACAUUCAGCUUCUGGUGGAAGGGAUAGUGAACCUCCAGAAAAAAGGGGUAGGUUUGAAAACAGUGGGAAUUCCAGUGCAUUAGAUUUACUCAAACAAGAGUAUGAAGAUGAUGAACCAUCACAACCACCAAUGGCAGCUCUUAUGCAAGUAAAAGAAAUCAAACAGGAAGCUCAGUGGCCCAGAGGUGCUGCUCCUUUUGGAAUUGAUCCCCAGCAGUUAAACACACAAAGUCUAUUAGGAUUGCCACCCGGUCAUCUUUUGGCUGGGCAGCCAGUAGCAUUCGGUGGAUCAAAUCUUCAACUUAUCAGUUCUGCAGGGCUGGCAGGAGCAGCUGAGAGAGCAACCGUUAUUCCAGGUUAUGGCCAGGCCUUUGCUCAUGCUGCUGCAGCUCAACCAGACCUUGUAAAGGGUUUACAGGAGAAGAGAAAUCUAGCAGAAGCUGCUAUGAGGGCAGAGGCAGCUAAUGCUCUUCUGGCACAGCAGACUGCAGCAAAUCAGCAAGCACAGCUUGCUGAGACUUUGAAGAACUGGCAAAAUCAAAAUCAGCAACAAAGCAAUAGCAGGCCUAAUAGCCGUGGAGGCUAUAAUGAUCAACAGGGACGAACACGUCCACAUUCAAACCCCUCCCAAGGUUCUGGAUAUGGAAGGACAAAUGCUCAGUAUUCCUUUAAUCCAAACCAAUCAGCUAGAGAUCAAAAUAGACCUAGUAGUGCAGACCAGAGAGAAAGCUAUGGUCAAGGGAAAAAUAAUCAAUCUGGCAACUCUGGUGGUAGACUAAAUUAUGGCCAGGACUCAAAUUCUAAUGAAUAUGGUAGCUCAGAUUUUGAUAAAUCCUCCUUGGACUCAUCCCAAAAUAAUGACAAGCGAAGAAGAGAAAGGAAGAGACCCAGUAAAUGGGACAAUCCAGAUGACAGUAACAGUAAUGCAACAGCAGCAGCUGAAAGUGGUGUGAGUCAGGAAGUGAUGGCCAAAGUUCAGGCAAUUCAGCAAAGUAUUCAGCGACAGCAUGAGCAACAGGAGUCUCAAGCCACUGAGGGUGGUUCAGCAGGAGUGCCUUCAGAUGAAGGCAUCAAGCAGGAGAAAUGGCCUGACGGUCAAGAAAAUAAUCAGUUCCCAGGGAACUUUGGUGGUCCCCCAGGUCCAAGAAUGGAUGGAGGUGGUUUCCCUCCUCAGCGUGGAGGAUUCGGCGGACGGCCCCCAAGACCCAUGAUGGGAAGAGGUGGACCCCCUGGUCCAGGACAAAGACCUCCUCUACCAUUCAGGCCACCAGGUCCGAUGGGAGACAGAUUUCCACGUCCAGAUGGAUUCCCACCAAGACCUGAUGGAUUUGGAGGUCCUCGUUUUGGAGGAAGGGGACCUCCUCCACCAGAUCAAAGAUUUGGAGGACCUGGAAGAGGUGGUCCACCUGGUCCUCCUCCUGGGGGACCUCCUGGACCCCCUCCUCCAGGUGGCCCACCUGGACCUCCACCUGGCCCUCAUUUUAGACCUCGAGGUCCACCUGGUGAUCAAGGAGGCAUGAGAGGUGGGAGACCACCAUUUGGAGGAAGAGGUCCACCUCCUUUUGGUGGAAGAGGAGGAGGAAUGCCAAUGAGACCACCACUUCCUAGAGGAGGACCACCUGGCGGAAGGUGGCCACGGCCUUAAAUAAGUGUUGGGUUUUAUGUUGUUGCUUUUACUCAUGUCAUCAUGUAGGAGAAUUAAAUAGUUUUCAGCGUGGCUGUUUUUAAUUUAUGGGAGGUAAACAGGAGAAUAUUUUUUAAAAUCUUUUUUUUUUCUUCAAAUUCCUUCGUCAUGAAUUUUCAAAGCAAAUACCAAAAUUGUAUAAUAUCCUACUACUUGACUAAUCCAUUGUAGAAAGAUAAUACAUAUACCAUAGCAGAUGUUCUUUUCAGCUUUUAACAGGAACAUUUCUAAGAGUAAAUUUAAGCUUUAGUCAAAAGUAAUUAUUAAAUGGUAUUUUUAUAAUUUGUCUAGCAAAUGAAUAAACAAGUGCUAAUGUUAUUUAAAAAGUAAAAAGCAUUCAAUUUAUAUGUAAAAACAUGAAAAGUAAGAAAUUUAUGAUUUCAAAGAACAGUACUUUUUUUGAGAAACAAAUUAAGAAGUGUAAAUUGUUUACAGCCUAGAAUUCCUACAUAGUGCUUAGUUAUAUGAAUGAUUUAUCCUUUCAAUGAAUGAUCAUUGUAUACCAUUUUUGUCAAUUCUUGAAAGUAUAAGUUAAUGAUUUUAAAAGCUUCAGUAGAAGAAGGAGACAUUUUAUUUCAGGUACCCGGAAUAUGCUGUAUAAUUGUAUUUCAGUGUGAUGUUUAAUUAUUUAAAACUAGAAUUUUGAUUGAAUUUUGCAUAUUACUAUGAACCAUGAUUUGCACAGAAUAUAGAAAGGGGAAUUCACUGUAGGAAAAUCAGCUUAAUCUUUACCUUGCUUCAAUGAAAACUCAGCAUCCUAUUUCAGAUGCUCUUUUGCAUGUACAGGUUGUGGAAUGAAUAUUUUGUCAAUCAGUUUAAAAAGACCCAGAAUCGUGUUUAGAAAAGGGCAUCAUUGAUCUGUUUUUCUCUUUAGAAGAACAUAGUUGAAGUUAAGCUAAGUUUUAUGGUAAUCUGUAAAUUUAUAUCUAUGAAGUUGAUUUUAAAAAUCUAGGUGUCUUUAGGAAGUGUUAUUUUCAUAUAAAUUUAGUAUAUAGAAGUGUUAGAAGCUUCAUUUAUAAAGUGAACAUUGUUUUUUAACGUGUAGAAAUAUUAUACUAUAUUAGUCAUUUUCAGGUGUAACCCGUUCACACUACAAAUAGCAUGCUUUUUAUUAACUGUAUCAUCGGGUCUUCUUUUAUGUAUAACCUCUGCAAUUGUUGUAUAUAAAAUGAUUUCCAUGUUUUGUGAUGUCAAUUUUGCAUAAACUCAACCACUGUAGGUUUCAUCAUACCGAAGCUAGGUAAGCAUUUUAUUUCAGCUUCGAUACACAAGGUGUCCUCCUCGUUCUUUUCAGCAGAAUGAAGUAAAUUUUAUAAAAUUUA